GGGGCGCGGCUGGUACGCCUGAGGAGCGAUGGCGGCCUCAACUCACCUAGCACCGCGGUGGCGAUCGGGCCUGCUCAGGGUCGGAGUUCUGUGACUGAACAAUUUGUAGGUCUGGAUCGGGCAGUGACCUCUGAGCUCACUACUCCAGCCUGGUAUAUCUUCUGGCUCCAUGGACAGUUACUGGCUCCUACAGACCGGAUGAAGCAGACUAGAGACACAAGUAGAGAAAGCCUCCAGCUGGCAAAUUCUCAGAGUGUGGCCCUCUGGCCACUGGCCCUGCCCGGCCUACCUCAUGGAGAGGAUGAACUGGCUGAGCAGACUGGCCUCCCGGGGCCCUGGGCAUCGUGUACCACAAGGGGCCAGUCUGCAGACUCCUGUCAUGGCUGACCCUGAGACCUGCCUCAUGGUCUUUAAGAAUCACUGGUCCCAGGUGGUGCGAAUUCUGGAGCGGCAAGGCCCUAGGGCAGCUCCUGGGGGAGCCGACGAUCUCAGUGCUGUGUGCAACCACACUUACCAGAUGCUAACACUGCUGGCGGAGGAUCGUGCGGUGCCCUCGGCUCCCACAGCUCCCGGGCCCCUGCUGGAGUUUGCUCUGCGCGAGGACCUGCUAACCCGUGUGUUGACGUGGCAGCUUCAGUGGGAUGAGCUUGGGGAUGGGGUUGAGGAACGGCGGGCUGAGCAACUGAAACUAUUUGAGAUGCUAGUGAGCGAAGCUCGCCAGCCACUGUUGCGGCAUAGUCCAGUUCGUGAGGCUCUGCUGAUCUUGCUGGAUGCCUGUGGCCGCCCUGUGCCCAGUAGCCCAGCACUGGAUGAAGGCCUGGUGCUACUUCUCAGCCAGCUGUGCGUGUGUCUGGCCCGGGAGCCUUCAUUGCUUGAGUUCUUCCUGCAGCCACCUCCUGAGCCCGGAGCUGCUCCCCGUCUUCUCCUCUUUUCUCGCCUUGUACCUUUUGUCCAUCGAGAGGGCACUCUGGGCCAGCAGGCCCGUGAUGCCCUACUCCUGCUCAUGGCUCUGUCAGCUGGAAGUCCCACUGUGGGCCGCUACAUCGCAGAUCACUCUUACUUCUGCCCGGUGCUGGCCACAGGGCUGAGUGCCCUGUACUCUUCACUGCCCCGAAAGAUUGAAGUUCCAGGAGACGAUUGGCACUGCCUACGACGGGAGGACUGGCUGGGGGUGCCAGCGCUUGCUCUCUUCAUGAGUUCCCUAGAGUUCUGCAACGCAGUCAUUCAGGUGGCUCACCCUCUAGUGCAAAAGCAGCUGGUAGAUUAUAUCCAUAAUGGGUUCCUGGUGCCUGUCAUGGGCCCUGCCCUGCACAAGACCUCUGUGGAGGAGAUGAUUGCCAGUACCGCUUAUCUGGAACUUUUCCUACGGAGUAUUUCAGAGCCUGCCUUGCUCCGUACCUUCCUCCGAUUCCUGCUAUUACACCGGCAUGACACCCACACCAUCCUUGACACCCUUGUUGCCCGUAUUGGCAGCAACUCCCGGCUCUGCAUGGUCUCUCUGAGUCUCUUCAGGACCCUACUGAACCUCAGCUGUGAGGAUGUCCUGCUGCAGCUGGUUCUCAGGUAUCUUGUCCCGUGUAACCAUGUGAUGCUGAGCCAGAAGCCAGCUGUGCGCGAUGUGGACCUAUAUGGACGAGCAGCAGACAAAUUUCUCUCCUUAAUCCCACGCUGUUGUCGGCACCGUGCCUCCAGCCCACCUCGUCCAGAGCAUGCCUCGUGGGCUCGAGGUGGGCCUAGCAGAGAGGCAGGGAGAAGGGAGGACACGACGGGCCCUGGAAGCCCAAGUGUUGACUCCUCUUCUGUGGUGACGGUACCCCGGGCCUCCACGCCAUCUCGUCUGGCCCUCUUCCUGCGACAGCAGAGCCUGGGUGGCUCUGAGUCCCCAGCCCCAGCCCCUCGCUCACCAGGGCUUGCUGCAUCCCCAGCCUCCAGCCCUGGCCGACGGCCCAGCCCUGUGGAGGAGCCCGGUGAGCUGGAAGACAAUUACCUGGAGUAUCUGCGUGAGGCGCGCCUUGGUGUGGACCGCUGUGUCCAAGCCUGCCGUACCUGGUCUGCCCCCUAUGAUGGCGAGCGGCCCCCUCCUGAGCCCAGUCCUGUUGGCUCCCGGACUAAGAAACGCAGCCUACUGCCUGAGGAGGACAGGGACAAUGCAGGGGAAGGGGAGGUGGAAGAGCUGGGGAGGGGGGCGCUGGCUCUGGGUGCAAGGGAGGGCCCUGGCCACCUGCUCCCUCCCCAGCUCAAUGGGGUGCCAGGACCAUGGCCUGAGGGGGCCAAGAAGGUUCGUCGGGUGCCACAGGAGGGAGCUGGGGAACUACUAGAGGGCACCUCCGAGGGCGUGGCAGGACUAGAGAGCUUUGGGCAGGAGCUCCAGGAGCUGGAGGUGGCGUUGAGCAAUGGGGGCACUGGCUCAGAGCCCCCUCUAGAGCCUUCACUACCUCUUGAGGAGGAGGAGGCCUACGAAAGCUUCACCUGUCCCCCUGAGCCCCCUGGCCCCUUCCUCAGCAGCCCUUUGCGGACUCUCAACCAGCUGCCAAGCCAGCCCUUCACUGGCCCCUUCAUGGCUGUGCUCUUUGCCAAACUCGAGAACAUGCUGCAGAACUCCGUCUAUGUCAACUUCCUGCUGACGGGGCUGGUGGCCCAGCUGGCCUGUCACCCCCAGCCCCUGCUCCGCUCUUUCCUGCUCAACACCAACAUGGUCUUCCAGCCCAGUGUCAAGUCCCUGCUGCAGGUGCUGGGCUCUGUGAAGAAUAAGAUUGAGAGCUUUGCAGCCUCCCAGGAGGACUUCCCAGCACUGCUAUCCAAAGCCAAGAAGUACCUCAUUGCCCGUGGCAAGUUGGACUGGACUGAGGGCCCUGCGGCAGGAUCUGCCCCCCGCCGAUCUGAUUCCCUAGUGAAGAGCCGGAGGCCGUCCUUGGGGGAGUUGCUCCUGCGGCAUGCACACAGUCCAACCAGGGCUCGGCAGGCGGCACAGAUGGUUCUUCAGCCUGGGAGAGACGGCACAGGACUUGGCCUAGGCGGGGGCUCCCCUGGGGCAUCAACACCGGUCCUACCCCCCCGGGGUGGGGCCCCUGACCGCCAAGGUGAGGCUCUGCGAGUCAAGAAUGCUGUCUACUGUGCAGUCAUUUUCCCUGAGUUUCUCAAGGAGUUGGCUGCCAUCUCCCAGGCCCAUGCUGUCACCUCGCCUUUCUUGUUGGAUACUUCAGAGGAGGGAUCUGGCCCUCCCAUCUCAGGCUUUGGGCCCCUCAAUCCUUAACUUUCUUCCAUGGACAAUCAGGGCCUUGAGUGGCCUGUGCUGGGGCCAGGGUGUAGGCUCCUUUUUAUGUUUGGAGGCAGUGGCAAGAGGACUUUUUAAUUUAUUUCCGAUGAAUGUUUUCUGGAGAACUUGUUGCAAUAUGUAUAAAAGGGAAAUCUCUAUUCUGUGCUCAUUCUUCUUUCCCACCCUUUUUCUGUAGGGCUGGGUCCCCAAGAAAGUUGUACAUGGAUGGGGAAGUGGUCAGGGUGUUUUCUCUCUGGCGAGGACACGAUGCCAAGGUUUCGAGGUACUUAUGCCUUUAGAGGGUGAGGGGACAUGAAGCCUGGGGAAAAACAUUGGGACUUUCCUCCUCCAGACUCCUACAGGAAGAAGCACCAUGGGCCCAGGAUGGUUUGGGGGAGCAGCAGCUGAUGUUUAUUGGGGACCAGUACCCCUAUGUCAGAUCUUGGGGGCCUGGCCCCCCGCAUUUCUCGCCUCAGCUUCAUUCGUCGCUGUCGAACUCCGAAGACAGACCCUGCAGCAGGGGCAGGGACAUGGAGUGCCGCUCGGGGUCCCCGGGGCCCCCUCUCUGGGCUCCUGGUGUGGGGCUUCGGGGGCUGAAGAGCCAGUUCUCUGCCAGGGUUGGGGAUAGCCACAGCUUGACUGACGCCCUUGUCUCUCUGCCGCCCUGGUCCCUCCCUCUGGUCUUCUGUGCUGUACCCACCCCCUCACCAGGACCACGCUUCCAUCUCGCCCUCCCCUGGCUCCCUCACUCCACCCCCCUCCCCAGGGUCCAGUGUGGAGUUAUGGGUGCCCCACACACUCCUGGGCUCUACACCCCACGCGCUUUUCCUCCACCUUACCCCAUCUCUCUCAUCUUCAUUUCCCCUAGC